AAUGUAAGUACGUACACAAAAACACACAUAACACUCCAUACACACAUAAUACAAGCAAUAAUUCUAAUCUAGUACCUCUCUCUAAAUUGGUGAAAAGGCCUAGAAAUAAAGUGACAGAACACAGAACAAAUCAGAACAACAUUAAUUUGUCAUUGCGUAGUUCAUGGUGCAACUUAAAAAAUAAAUAUUCACGGAUUCACGCUGAAAAUCUUUCCCGCUGUAAAAAUGUCUAGUUUGCCGGAAAAUGUUCCUGGAACCAUCGAUACACCGCAAAGUGACGCCGAUUCUUUGAAAAGCAAUGAAGAUGGCACGAUUGAUGCGGGCAAAAAGCAAAAACGAAAAGAAUCGUUAUCGGCAUCGGCAGCAUCAAAAGGCGCGGAUAAACGUUCGAAAUCUGGUUCACAGUCGAAAAAAUUCUCUUGCAAAAUUUGCGAUAAACAUUUCACAACGAAACAAGCCGCCAUCAGACACAAAAAAGAACAGCACGAAAAAAAUGUGAACGUGAAAUGUGAAUUGUGUGAAAUGGUCUUCAAAUUCUUCCCGGGUAAUAAUGAUCUUCUCAUUGUUAACAACAAUGCUAGCUUCAUCGCUGUUGGAAAGAACUUCCUUUGCUUCCGCGCAUAGAUUUCUUAGCUCACUAACUUCUGGCAGGGUAUCCAAAUCAAUAUUUUUUGUAAUAUGAUCGAUCAUUAGUUGAUCGAUAUUACGGCC